AUGUUCGGUGGAAUGGGUGCCUUGGGCACUGGCAUGUCUUCCUACAAUUCCAGCACCAACCCCCCUACUCGCCCGCGCACACCCCCCAGCCCACGAACCCAGCACGUUAGCUGGAUGGACCGCAAAGCGCGCGAGCACUGGCGCGAGGACGCUUGGGAGAUCCGACGAAAGCACAAGCGUCGCCGCAAGAAGGAGGUGAAGAAGGAGGUGCGUCGACGCUGCGAGGAAGAUUUGCUCGAGCAUCGACACAAGUAUGCGCUCAAGGCUCACCUGGUAAUGCAGAAGGAGCCGCCGGAGGUCAGGGAUGCGGGAAGGUCGCCUGAUCAUUGGGAGAAGCAUGGCAGACUCGACACAAGCGUCCCCCACCGACUAGGAAGCAUGCUGCGAAAGUCCGAAACACGCAGGUUUUCCGAAACAGCAAUGACGCCCCCUGGGCGUCCAAGCACUCCGUUCCAGAAGAUCAUGUCGCCCAUUCCGAUCAUUGACAGCGUGCCGGCUCCGAACGAACCCCUGUUUCGUACUGAAGACACCUCGCGGCCGGCGACGCCGACGUCCGAGUCUGACGCUGUCGCCUGA